AGUUAAGGAUUUUUUAAUGCAUAUUUGAUCAAAUGUUAGUGCUAAUUUAUGCGUUUUUAGUGAUGAACUUGUGAGCCUUGAUUAUAAUUGUAUAGUAUAUACUAUAUAACGAUUGCUGUAUACUAAAAUAAUACAAACAAAAAAAAUUUGAACAUUUUGAACAUAAACAUUGAUGUUUAGUCGAUUAAUCGAAAACAAAACAUCGAUAUAUCAAGCUAAAACAUCGAUGAUUUAAAAACAUCAUUGUUUUUUGCCCAUCCCUACAAGAUAUUAUGGUACAGCUGUGACCUUCCAAUUUUGCCGAAGCAACAGCUGCGUAGCGCGAGGAGUGAUAGACGUUCGGUCUCGUAUUUUACACGUUCAGUAACAGUAAUGGCUGCUCCGUCACGCGGUUCAAUGUGGUCACGUGUCGUGAUAAUGUUACUCGCGUGCGUCAAUCUCGUGACGCUGCCCGUGAACAGCGCCCACAUACUGGCCGUGGAGACAGUUUGCGGCAAGAGCCACUGGAACUUCAUGAGCGGAUUACUCCGGCCACUAGUGGGCAGCGGCCACACCAUCACCGCGUUUACGCCGUUCCCUGACGGUGACCGGGAGAAUUAUACCGAAGUGGACAUUUCCGGAUGUAUGAACUGCUUCCGAGACAAGGACCUGAAGGGCAUGAUCGCGAAUCGGAGCAAUUCGAUGGCAAUAAUCAGCAAGUUCGCCUCGUUAAGCAGAGAACUGUGCGAUACGGUAUACGCCGACGAUCGGAUGAUCGAAGUGUUGCGGCGGAACGGAACUUCAUAUUUUGACCUGGUCAUCAUCGAGACGCUGACGUCAGAAUGCGUGUCAUACGUAGCUACUAUAUUAAACGUACCUGUGAUCUACGUGACGCCGCUGUCCAAAACGAGCAUGAUAGAACAGUAUAUCACCGGCCAUUUUUCUAACCCCGCCGUCAUCUCGCACGCGUUGUCCGACAACGACGUGCCAACUACGUUUAUCCAGCGAAUGGUCAACGCGGCUCUGCUCGUUUAUGGACUAAUCUAUAAUGACCUCACGGUGUUCCGACUGAGAUGGUCGAAUCCCAAUCCGUACGAUUUGGUUCUACUCUCUAAACCGUCUUUGGUGUUCGUUAACAGCCAUCCCGUGAUAACCACUCCCAGUCCAGGGGUCACAAAUAUCAUCAACGUGGGUGGCAUACAUCUGACUGUCGCUAAAAGCUUACCUCAAGUAAGAAAUAUACACAUUUCUAUAUACAAAUAAUAUAAUCAGGAAAAUCUUAACUUAUACUUGGAAUAAAAUAAUAAAUAAAUCACUGAAAAAUGAUUCUAGAAGUAUAAACAUAUGCCCACCGUUACAGUGUUCUUUAAAUUCGAUAUUGUUUCUUCAUGUUAAGUCGAAAAAUGCAAUAUGGAUUGACGACCACAUAUAUACUUAGAAUAUGGUGGAAUCUAGCAAGGUUGAUAUUGUGCUGAACACAUUAGCGUAGCUUUUCUCUAGAUCAGUAAUUUCUUAAGUAUAAUCCAUGGAACCUAAGACACUAUAGGUAUUGUAACCGUCCGAUCAGGGUGCAAAACGUUCACACUUGAACGAUCACACCAGUGGCGUAUAUAGGUGGGUAUCUAGUGGGCUACAGCCCCCACCCCGAAAUGUUUUAAAAAACUU